CAAUUCGUGAAUUAAACGUGAAUUCUAAAGGCUGUUCAGCUAUCACGGUCAGCUGAAAAAAAUCGAUCGAUUGAUUAACUCGUAAGACGUUUCAAAGAUGGGAGACAAUGAGGACAAAAUCGGACUGAAACUGGCGGAAAUAUCAAUCAACAAGUUCAACCAAACUAUUCCGCAGUAUCUCAACCUGCUAAAGAACCACAAGUGCAACAUCGAGAAGGCGAGCUCGCUCAAGGACUGGGACCGGAUCAAGCGCGAGCAGAUUAAUGCGACGCGGGUUAUCAAACAGAUGAAGUAUCUGAUCCUGGAGAUCGAUAAAGUGCGCUCCCGGAUCCGGCAGGGCGAUUUAGAACGGUUCGACCAGUCGAUAGAGGAUGCGAAGAAGAAUGCCUUCACGGCGAUGGGCGAGUAUUUGGAGGCGCAGCAAAAAAUCGUUUCUCGAACACAGUCAACGUACAGCUUCACGGAUGAGGAAUAUUACACGAGACAGGAACAACAGGAUAACCAGUAUGGCCGCCGGUUGGUGCAUGUCCCUGAGAUAACGAGCUCCUACAACCGGGAGGCCGAAGACCUCCGACAAAGGGAAGAGUGCCUCAAAGAAAUGGAAACGCUCCAGCAGGAGAUUGUCGACAUUCAGGAUCUCUUCCAAACGGUGCACUCGAUGACGCGCGAUCAGGCCCAGAUGGUGGAUGCGGUGGAGGAAAACGUCGAAGUGACGCUGGGCCACGUGGAGCAAGGUGAAACGUCUCUCAGGAGAGCACUGAAGUACAAGAAAGCCAUCUAUCCGAUGUUCGGCGCACUGCUGGGGUCCUGCAUUGGUGGCCCGGUUGGUUUGAUUGUUGGAUUGAAGGCGGGCGGCUUGGCGGCCCUCGGCGGAGGGCUAGUCGGAUUUGCCGGGGGGAAAUACAUCAAGGAGGAAGGCGCUGAAGAGGUUGUUGACGCGAUAGACGGUGGCGACAAAGCGUUCGAAGUAGAAGCAAAUGGAGUGGCCUUGACUGCGGACAUGGAUCAGGCCAUUUGCGUGAGGAAAGAAUGACAAUUUGGGCGGUUUUGUUCAAUUCAGUAAUGGUGUUGGUUGGAAUUGCAAUUCUCGUCGAAUUUCAGUUGUUGACCAGCUCGAAUUUGUUUUUCGUUAGGUAAAAUCAUUUUGUAUUUUCGAAAAGUUCUAGAUUCGAAUAUUGAAUUGUUGAAGUGUUAGGCCAAACGAUAAA